CUGGCUAUUUGGCUACUUUUUUUUGUUGUUGCUGAAAUAAAUACUAAAUUGCUUAUUAUUUUAUUUUCGCAUUUCUCUGUAGAGUGCUUCUUUGCUUCCUCGAGAGAGCGAGUUCCGGAAGCUCCAAAUUUGUAUGGCUGCUUCGAUCUAUGCCCUCUUCAGUUGCAAAGGAAUCUCAUAGACACGAAACUCAUGUAAUCAAAAUUUUACUCUUACUCAAUAAGGUUGCUUGUCUGGAGGGGGAUUGAAUAUUGGCACGUUGCCUGGGGCUUAAAAUGUUGGUUUCUUGAUGUGGAAUCUCAUGGGUUGAACUCAAAGAAUAAUGGGUAGCUUUAGUGAAGAAGAAUAUGGGUUUUUUGAUGCCCAAGAGGAUAUUGCAUCAACAUCUGAUGCAAGUUCUGAUAACAUUGAGGUAUUUGAUUCAACUUCUUCCUUCAUCAAUUGGGUUCCACCUAGUUUACCAUAUGAGGUUUGGGUUCAAAGCCCCGGAAGUGUUAAGGAGCGUAGGGUUAAGUUUCUGGAGUGGAUGGGACUGAGUUCAGAUCAGAUUGUGAGAGAGACUUCACUAGACAUAUUUAGUGAUGUUCCUGGGGAGGUUGAAAGAAUUCGAGAGACUUCACUAGACAUAUUUAGUGAUGUUCCUGGGGAGGUUGAAAGAAUUCGAGAGACUAGUGGGGCUGUGUUGAGAACCUCACGUUUUGAAGAUGAGUUUUGUUUCAGUCGGUCUUCUAUGUCAUGCUGGCGUAAUGGCUACUCCAAUUCCUCAAUUGAGUUGGGUUCAAAGGAUAAUUCUGCAUGUAGAGGUGGAAAUCCAGGUAUGAUAUUGGAGUGUAAUGCAGAUGAACUGGGGCAGGAUGGUAAAGUAAGUGAAGGUCAAGAAGUGGCUGAAGAGUCUGAGCGCACUUCUUGUUCAUCAUCUUCCUUGUCUCUACAAUUGAUGGAAAAUCAAGUGGAGGAGGUGCACAAUAGAGCUGGGAUACUGAAGAGAGUUAAGAAGGUGUGGUUGAGUAGGUUACGGUCCAUGUCAUGCCUUGUUGAUAGGCAAGGGGAGGCUGAUAAAUUGACAGACAAUGAAAAUGAUGCAAUUGUGGGGCACAGGGCUCAGAGAGUUAAAGUCCGCCAUUGCAGGAAGCGAUUGAAGGAACUUUCAGCUCUUUACAUGGGGCAAGAUAUCCAGGCUCAUGAGGGUGCGAUUUUGGCAAUGAAAUUCAGUCCUGAUGGACAAUACCUAGCAAGUGCCGGUGAAGAUGGGAUUGUGCGAGUCUGGAACGUGGUGGAGGAUGAGAGAUCUAAUGAACAUGACAUUCCAGAAAUAGAUCCAUCCUGCAUUUACUUCACAGUGAAUCAUCUCUCUGAACUAAAUCCACUAUUUGCGGAUAAGGAUAAAAAAUCAGGGAGCCUUAGGAAAACACCGGAUUCAGCUUGUGUUAUUUUCCCUCCUAAAGUCUUUCGGAUAUUGGAGAAACCAUUGCAUGAAUUUCAUGGGCAUGAUGGUGAUAUAUUGGAUCUCUCUUGGUCAAGGAAUAAUUAUCUUCUGUCGUCUUCUGUUGACAAAACUGUUCGUCUCUGGCAAGUGGGAUGUGACCAUUGCCUCAAAGUCUUUUCCCAUAGUAAUUAUGUGACCUGCGUUCAAUUUAAUCCUGUGGAUGAUAAUUACUUCAUCAGUGGUUCAAUAGAUGGCAAAGUACGCAUUUGGGGAAUUCCUUGCUGCCAAGUUGUUGAUUGGAGUGAUAUAAGAGAUAUAGUUACUGCAGUGUGCUAUCGCCCUGAUGGGCAGGGAGGAAUUGUUGGCUCAAUGACUGGCAAUUGCAGAUUUUAUAAUAUAUCAGAUAAUCAUUUGCAAUUAGAUGCUCAAAUAUGCUUGCAUAGUAAAAAGAAGUCUCCCUGCAGAAAGAUUACAGGCUUCCAGUUUUUCCCACACAAUCCUAGCAAAGUGAUGGUCACUUGUGCCGAUUCACAAGUCAGAAUUCUUCAUGGUCUUAAUGUGGUUGGCAAGUAUGCAGGACAACGUAAUGCAGGAAACCAGACAUCUGCUACCUUCACUUCAGAUGGGAAACAUAUAGUUUCAGUUAGUGAGGAUUCUAAUGUAUAUAUAUGGAACUGCGGUAAUCAGGAAGAACAUGUUCUCUCUCAAGCAAAAAAGAUCAGAUCUUUUGAGCGCUUUUCCACCAAUGUAUCUAUAGCAAUACCUUGGUGUGGUUUCAAAUGUGAUUCCUUAGAAAAUGAGAGCCAAUUUCAGGCCAUGGAUGGGAAGUUACCAGGGACUCUGCCUUUCUCUUCACCUGCAUGUUUUUCUCUCAGCCAGGAUUCUUUCCUUGAGUCUAUUCCCAAAGGAUCUGCAACUUGGCCAGAGGAGAAGCUUCCAACUUCAAGCCCACUGGCAAAGCCAUCUACUAUGCACAGAUCUGAGUACAAGUUUUUUAAAACUUCUUGUCAGAGCACAUCCAGUUCUCAUGCAUGGGGCAUGGUUAUUGUGACUGCAGGCUGGGAUGGACGGAUCAGAUCAUUCCACAAUUAUGGUCUACCGGUGCCUGUUUGACACUAUAGUGGCUUUCGGCAUGGUUUUCAAAAGAGUUUUAGCUAUCCCCCUUGCAGGACACUUUAUGUGUAGUGCCCUCUUUGGCUCUUUGGCCUUUGGCAUUGUUUUCAAAAGAUGCAAAUCUAAUGGAUUGAUGAGUGACAUUAAGUUUGGCAGCAUCAACAGCCACAGCAGGCUCAGGUUGACAACUCUAGCAGGCAUGUGGAGGAUAGAUGAACUUGUGCAUUUGGUUCUCCAAUGGGACCCUUCUCAGAUUUCAGAGGUGACUGACCAUUUUAUGUCAUGACAAGUGGCUGCAAUUCCAUGGUUGUAGUGUGCAAUCCAAUUUGGAGUCAGCCAGCCAGUGGCCGAGGUUAGCUUGUCUAGAUAUUAUAAUUUCUAAUCAAUGUGGGAUGUUUUUGGUCUGCCGGUCCACAAAAUUAGAUAUAAGUCAUUUGUUAGGAGAAGGCCAAAUUGAGAUAUUAUAUCUAUAUAAUGCAGGUGCCCGUGGGCCUUGUACAACUUCUUUUGUUCUCUAUGAUGGGAUAGGGUAUCCAGAGCUGGUGGCUGGAAUUUGUUUGGGAAAAGAAUGGUGGGGAACUUUCACCCUUCCACCAUGGUGGCCGGUCAGAAUGAUUGAAUUGUUUGUCUGCCAUUUGUGGUCUGUCUCAUGGUAGGGUCAGUGUGCUUUGGUUGGCAGUGGGAAUGUGGAGGAAGCCAUUUCCUCUGAGCCAGGGGCUGGAGACUGAGGCCACCACUCUUCCGGAGAAGACAUUUAUCUCUUAACGGGAAUGAUUGCGGCUCGUGUCCAUGGAGGAUGGGCACUCCCAACUUUGUAUAUUUACACUGUCAGUGUAGUCUAACAUAACCUUAGAUUAGACUCUGAGUGGUUAGGAUUUUGUUAACCUUAACAGGAAUAGGUUUUGAGAUUCAUAUAAAAAUGUAACUUCAAUUUUCCUCUCAUUUGUAAAGGAAAUUUUUUCUGCAUGCUCGUGCUUGAAACAAAAUAUGGCAAUACAAACAAUAGAAGUUGGACGUGGAUACAAAAAAA